CUCGAAACCUACCUCGCCGAACUCAUCCAGUAUCUCGAGCCCUUUGCGUCGACUAGAGAGCACCCGACCCCCACACAUCCGCCGCCCUUCCUCCACACGCGCAUCUUGCGUCUGGCCGUAAUCGUCCGCAACUGCGUCAAGGAACUCGAGCAGCGCUCGCAGCCAUGUCUCGACGCAAAGUUUAGACACGCGCCACCCGGCAUCGAACAGAGCGAGGCUGACAAGGAGAUGGCGGCCAUCCGCAUCCGUCGGGAGGAGCUCACGAAGAAGCAGGACACGAAGCAGCGGAACGGCAUCGGCGCGACCGGGGGACCCAUCCGCCCUCCGCCUCCCCGUCUUCCUUCCAACAUGGCGUCGAGCGCUCCGCACCCCUACCCCCACUCGCGGCCCCGCGAGACCAUCCGCUGCUCGGGCUGCAACACGACUCAGUCACUCGAGUGGCUGACGGGCCCGGACGGGCCACACAGCCUGUGUCAUUCUUGCGGUGUGAGUGUUGUCGAGCCGCCACAUCUGUCCCCGACUGGAGCACUGCUAACCAUUAGCACCAGUACGAAGUUCUUAAUGCGCGCCAGGGCGAUCCCGACUUCUCAUCCAUACCAGGUGAGCACAUUGCGCCGGCCGCACCCACGAGCCUCCCAGCUCCCGCUAACAUCAGUGCCGGGGCAUACGGGACAUAGUUCCAACCUCAUCGGCCUCGGCCCUACGUAAAGGCGUGCGCAUCUCAAGCCACGCCGGCAGCAGCGGCACCCCAACUUGGUCACCACCAACCCGUCGUUGCGCUGGUGCGCUUUGUCACUCGUUAUAUACAUAUUUUCAGGACAGACGACCCCUCCAGUCGCCAGGACAGUCUGUAGUGUUGUACAUUCAUCUUGGGUCAUAUCCGUCACUUUCCUCCCCUGUCUCCUCAUGGUAUCGAUCCGUAACACC